AUGCAGCCCGACAUCGAACCGGCGGAGAUCUCCGGCCCCGACGACGAUGGCAUCGCACCCGACAAGCCUGUCUCUGCCGCUGUUGUCACCGCGGCUGCCUCCUCGGACACCACGACGACGCAGCUCGACCAGCAGUACGGCCAGACGCGGCGCGGCCUCACCUCGCGCCACGCGCAGCUCAUGGCCAUCGGGCGCUCCAUCGGCACCGCGCUCUUCGUCGGCGUCGCCGGCGCGCUCUCGCGCACCGGCGCGCUAUCGCUGCUCCUCGGCUACCUCCUCUGGGCACGCUCUUCGUGUGGCCCAUCUACACCUGUGCGUCGCCGAGAUGCACGCGCUGCUGCCCGUCCCCGGCUCCAUCUUCGAGCUCGCCGCGCGCUUCGUCGACCCCGCGCUAGGCUUCGCCAUGGGCUGGACGUACUUUUACGCCGGCGUCAUGCUCGUGUGCCUCGAGUACAGCGCCGUCGCGGCCGUCGCGCAGUACUGGACGAUGGCCGUCAGGCCGGCCGUCUGGAUCGCGGCGACCCUGGCCACGUGCGCGUUCGUCAACGUCGCCGCCGUGCGGUGGUACGGCGAGGCGGAGUUCGUCAUGGCCUCCCUGAAGGUGCUAUUGCUGGCGGGGCUGCUCCUGCUGACACUCGUCAGCAUGCUCGGCGGCAACCCGGACGGCGACGUGUACGGCUUCCGCUACUAGACGAGCGGCGACGCGAUGCACUCAUACCACGCGGCGGGUGA